AGCUGUUCCAAACGAAAAUAACUUCAUUUUAAUUGACAAUUUCCCUAAUGAAUACGUAAUUAGCGAUUGUCUUUUAAUUCUGUUUUUGAAUUAAACAUAUUUUAAUGUGCAAAUUUCGAUUGUUUGGGAAUUCGGGAGCUUCUACAAAAAACUGCUCUGUACGAAUUCGUCAACAAGUUGCCCCGAGUGUUAUCAAUAUUCGGUAGUGUGACAGGAAACUUGGCACGAUGUGGACGCCUGGUGUCGUCCUGGUGCUUUUACUGGCAGGACAUUGUACCGCGGUGACUAGGGACCAGUUCUAUCCGACUGGCCCAGGUCUGGACCAGCGGCUACCGAGGGGAGCUGACGUUUCUUCACCUGAGAUCCCACUGAGAGUUCCCAUUGUGUUCUUUGGCGAGACGUAUGAAUCUAUUUAUGUCAACAAUUAUGGAGUUCUAUCGUUCAGGUCUGACAUCCCUUCUUUCCUCAACGCGGAGUUUCCUCUCCCCUACCCUUCGAUAGCUGCGUUCUACUCCAACAUCGACACCACGGAGACAGGCGCGGUGUACUACCGGGAAUCCAACGAGUCAUACGUCCUGCGCAAAGCAGAGGAAAGCGUACAAAACAACUUCCAAAAAUACUACGAUUUCAAACCGACAAGUGUCUUCAUUGCCAGCUGGAUAGAAGUAACUUAUUCUAGCAAACAAAGAUACGAUAGAAAGAACACUUUCCAAAUUGCUGUUAUAAGCAAUGGCACAGAAAGUUUUGUGGAGUUGAUGUAUCCUGAGAGGGAGAUCCAGUGGAUUCAGAGGGAAACGGCACAAGGAGAACUGCCCGAUGCGAAAGCCCAGGCUGGGUUUGUCGCGGAAGACGGCCGUAUCUUCACUCUUAGAGGCUCUGGUAGUCACCAAAUUAGAAACAUCAUCUCAUGGUCAAACACCCAAGAACCAGGAAAAUAUGUGUUUCGUGUGGGAAACAUACCAAAAGACGGCCUCGUAGCAGUUCCCGACCAGUACGAUCAGUACGAAGCUGAAGUAGCAGAAGAAUCUAAAACCUGCGCCCAGAGCGGUCCCAGCGUGUGCCAUCUGCAAGCGAGAUGCGUCGACUACCAAGCAGGCAUCUGCUGUCAGUGCGGCGAGGGCUUUUAUGGAAAUGGAAAAACUUGCAUCAAAAACGACCUUCCUAUAAGAGUUCACGGAAAACUUAACGGAAUGAUUAACAACGAGAACUUAAACGACGUCGAUAUUCAAGCCUAUGUGGUCGUCGCCGAUGGAAGGUCAUACACAGCUCUAUCUCAAGCCCCGACCCGUUUGGGAGGCAGCUUGCAACUUUUAAAUCUCCUAGGCGGAGUGAUAGGCUGGCUGUUCGCAAAACCAUCCGGCUCCGCACUAAAUGGCUACCAACUAACAGGAGGAGUCUUCAAUCACACUGCAGAUAUUUUUUUCCCUGCAUCUGGUGACAGAAUUACCAUUAAUCAAGAAUACUUUGGUCAAGAUGUAUUCGACCAGAUAUCUUUGGAUACAGAUGUACGAGGAACUCUGCCACAUAUAAGUCCUGGAUCCAGACUUGAAGUAUCUGAAUAUGAAGAGCAGUACAAUAUUGUUGAACCGGGUGUAAUACACAGCGCGUCGGAGAGGACUUUCACUGAUAGAAAUACAGGUCAAAAGUAUGUAGAGAAGGUUUCACAAACGUUCUCAUAUAAUCCGUGCAAAUUCGCUCCACCAUCAGAAGAGCCUCCACUCACGUUGAAAGUUAUCAAAAAUUAUUUAGGCUACGAACCGAGAGAAAACAUUGUCAGAUAUGGCACCAGUAAUAAAAUUCAAGUGAUCGGACGAGAAGAUCCUUGUAUAGAAGGUCGAAAUUCUUGUGGAGUCCACAGCACAUGUGUUGCACAAGGGGAUUCCUUCAAUUGUGUUUGUCAGUCGGGUUUCACCAGUAUUUACUAUGCAGAAAUAACUGUUUGUGUUGAUGUAGAUGAGUGCGCAGCUGGAACACACAAUUGUGAUACCAACGCCGAUUGUUAUAACCACGACGGCGGUUUUGAAUGCAGAUGUCGAAAUGGAUACGAAGGAAACGGAAUUAGUUGCAAUCGAGAGUCUCGCUGUAGAAACAAGGUGUGUGACCCUAAUGCGCAAUGUGUAGAUAACCCUGCAGAAGAAGCCAUAUGUCUAUGCAAUCCUGGUUAUACUGGAAACGGGGAAAGAUGUUUCGAUACAACAUGCAGCAACUGUUCGCCGUACGCUUUCUGUGGAUUUUCUGAAGUCACUAAAACUCGUCAGUGCCAAUGUAACCCUGGCUAUAUCGGUGAUGGCUACUACUGUGCUUAUGCAUAUUCAUCCACUACCGAAAAUUACAUCGAUACAACUACAGUACAAUAUAUUACUGAUAUUUCUGAAAUAGCUCCUUUACAAUCGACUACCCCUGCAUCAUCUGAUAACGAAUAUAAUGAAGAUUAUGUUCUGCCAAAUUGCGACGCCUUCGGUUGUGUGUGCCCGCCUGGGUAUUCAAGUUUCAAACAUAGAGAUAACGACUUGUGCCGCAUCGAUAUUUACAACGGUGAUAAUAAUGAGGAAAAGAAAGACAAUUCAAUUAAGUGCAGGAGCGACACUGAUUGUCCACCGAAUGCAAUGUGUUCAUUCUCUCCAGAAACAUAUUUAUCCAACAAUCAGGAACAAGGCCAGUGCGUAUGCCCUGAAGGCUAUGAGGGUGACGCCUACGAGUGUAUAGAACGUUCAGGGCCUAGUUGUGCGUGUGGUCCCAGCGCUCACUGCGUUGACACGGCCGCUGGCGAACUAAUAUGCGUGUGUGAUUUUGGUUACCACGGUGACGGAUACGUGUGCAGGCCGAACUUCAGCUGUACCAACAAUUCCGACUGUGAAUAUAACGCCGAAUGCAGACCAGAUCCGAACACGAUGGAGUAUGUGUGUCAAUGCAUAGAGGGAUACAUCAAAGACCAAAGCGAUGCGUGUAUCCCUGAUGCGCAACUGUGCAAUGGGGCCACAUGUGCCGAGCAUGCGUCCUGCUUAUACGACGAGACUAUCCAAGUGAGUUAUUGUCACUGUGACGAAGGAUACGAGGGAGAGGGUAUUUUGAGUUGCGUGCAACGACAAAAGACCUGCGAGCUCACCAACGACUGCGGCGCUAAUGCUAUCUGUACCCCGGAAGAGGGCUCCUACCGCUGCGUUUGUCUUGAGGGUUUUAUUGGAGACGGUUAUACUUGUAACCCAGAAAUCAGUUGCAAGACUAAUAUCAAUCUAUGCGAUAUCCAUGCCUCUUGUAUGAAGACAAUGGAUGGAUACGAAUGCAAAUGUAACAACGGGUACACUGGUGAUGGAAACUAUUGCGACCUAAAUCCGAGGGAAACCGGUAACUUCCUCGUGGCGAGUGAUGGCGCAUCUGUGUACCGAGUCCCCUUCACAGUUACACCGAGAGAGUUCGCAACUCCUUUGAACAGUGCAAUUUAUCAGAUCGCAGUAGGAAUAGAUGUAGAUUGUCUAGCAGGAAACAUUUAUUGGGGAGACGUGGGAGCCAGUUCCAUCAAACGCACGUCGUACGAUGGUUCUCGAUUUGAGGAAUUUUUGUCAAAUGGUGUCCAAUCGCCAGAGGGAGUAGCCAUCGACUGGGAGGCAAGAAACAUAUUUUGGACAGACUCUAAAAAGUUAACAAUCGAAGUUAUUAACAUAGACACAAAAUUGAGAAAGGUAUUGUUUGAGAGAGAUGGUCUGUUGAAUCCUCGUGGAAUUGCAGUACAUCCUGGAUUGGGGAAAAUUUUCUGGUCGGACUGGAAUCGCUCUGGACCAAAGAUUGAGUGGGCAAACAUGGACGGCUCCCAAAGAGGCGUGUUCCUCGACCAGUCGGACGUCAAGUUGCCCAACUCGUUGGCCAUCGAUUGGGCGAGAGAUAGACUCUGCUACAGUGAUGCUGGACUUCUUAUUAUCAAAUGCGUUGACAUACGAACCUUUGAGAGAGAAACCAUCGCUGAAAAUUGCUCGUAUCCGUUCGGUCUUGCUAUCAGUGGAGACACAUUCUACUGGACAGAUUGGAAAACGCGAAAGAUCGAGUACGUGAACUAUUUGACCCAACUGAAGGGUCAAGUGCCAGUGGCGACUGCAUCGCGGAGGCUGUACGGGGUCUCCGUGGCCCCUGACAGGUGUCCUGACAUGCGCAACGUGUGCGGACUCAGGAACGGCAAUUGCGGCUCCGACCAGCUCUGCUUACCGAAUGGUCAAGGAAGUAGGACGUGCGUCAAUGGGGAUUAGAUUUAAGUAUAUGUAUAAAGUCAAAGAAUACCAAACUUUUGGGUUAGGCCUACCGUUGAACUGAAAAUAUUUCCGAGACGAACUGCACGGUACGGAAGCUAAGGGUGAAGGGUUCACUGACUCGGAUCUGAUGAGUGCGAAACCGCCCUAAGAGCAGCGCAGUUAAAAUUACCACAUCACAAAGAAAGUACUUAACGAGAGUACAAUAAAUUGCCGUAAUACAUUUUGGUCGGAAGACUCCGUUUACAUCACUAAGAUCUUAUAGGUUUUAAUCGCAAUACCAAAGCAAUAGUUAUUUAUUACGUUUUGUAUUUAAUUAACAUAUUAAGCCGUAUUAAACUUAAGUACAUUUUCUUGAGUAGGUAUACAUAAAACCAUAAGUGCCAUGGUGCGUGUAAGUUGUAACGUAUACCUACGCAUGAUUGAAAUAAAACUUUUUUGAGGUUAUGGUGGUAGACAUUACAAAAAAAUAGAGCUUUUAAUCUAUGACCCACUACAUCUAUAGACCGUUCACUACUUGACCCCUGACGUCAUAUUGGUACCUUUGCAAAUCACACAAUAAUAAUCCCUAAGUUCUAAACAAUAAAGCAAAAAAAGCAAUAGUGCCAACAUGACGGCAGGGGACGAGUUAUAGUAAAAUUUUAAAACACCUCGAUAAAAGAUAGCACUCUCUAACCGUCAACAAGGCAAACACGUGCUUAAAAUGACAGAAUAAAGGAGUAAAUACAUUACUGUGUUGUGGUGUGUUGUUACACCACAGAAAGCAUUGAACUAAAUUAGUACCUAUUGAGGGGUCAUUUCAAAUUAAAAUCGUGUGGGUUUUGAAGCUGUUAAAAUUAGUAUGACAUUGUAAUUUGUAAGUAAAAAUGAGUUGCAGUUCACAAAAUUUUUGUUUGGAAAGAAAAACCCCCUCUUGUGCGUAGUACUAUACGAGUAGAGGUUAUUGAAAAAAGGCGCUUGGAGUCUAUGUUUCAUAAAUGACUGAAAUGCACUCUAUAAAAUAUAUCAGUCACGUCGUCUUGGGCGAUUAAUCGAUCGUCGUGCCAGAUUGCGUUACAACACAACACAACACAGUAAUAACUAAUGUGUCUGUAGUAAAAAAAUAUGUAUUAAGUAAAUACAAAUAAUUUAUUUUUAUGACGGUUUUAAAUACUUACUUAAAAGUAUAUAUUUUUUACUUAUAUCGUGCACAUGCGAAUACUUAACAUUAAAGUAUAAUAAGCGAGAAAAUUAAACAAGUUCAAUAGAUUUAAUUGUAAUACAAAUUUAUUUUAAAUGUAAAUAUAUUUCUUAUUAAACAUU